AUGGGUUCUCGUGGCUCUAGAAUCUUGCACCUAAUGUUUGCCAACGACUUGCUAUUGUUGGGUUCUCAUGGCUCUAGUAUCUUACACCUAUUGUUUUUCGACGACUUGCUAUUGUUUGGGGAAGCUUCUAAAGUUCAAAUAAGGAAUGUUGCGAGGUGUAUGAAAAAAAAUCUCGUGCAUAUUUCCAAGUUUAGAGAAGUGCCGCAAUUUAGCAAGUAUCUUGGGGUUUCUCUAAGUGGAAAGAAUUUGAGAAAAUCUAUUUUUCAUUAUGUGGUGGAUCAAAUUGCUGCCAAACUUUCUUGUUGGAAAGCUAAUUCGAUAUCCAUGGCGGGUCGGGUAACGUUAGCUAAGAGUGUGCUUGAAGAAAUUCCGAUUUAUCCGAUGAUGACAAACCUUCUCCCUAAGGCUUGA